UCCUCGGAAUCCCUGGGGACCGUCACCUGGCAACCGCGGCCGGGCUCGCAAACAAGCCGCGAGGAGCGCUGCUGUUCCCGGCGCAGGAUGCCGCCCACCCGGGACCCCUUCCCCUACCCCCGCUACGAGAACGAGGACACCUUCACGGGCCGGGCCAGGUCGGGCCAGACAGGCCCUUAUGCUGAGCCCACCCACCUGGCCCAGCAGCAGGACCCCUGGAAUCGCCUGCACGGAACACCCACCCUGUCCAGCACCAGAAAGGAAGUCUGGUAUACAGAACCUGAGGUUCCCAGAGACAGCCUGGAUUUUAAGCUGACCUCACUCUACAACCACCACAAGGAGCAGCUCAGAGACAAGAGCCAGAUUGUCAUCCACAAGGAGACCCUCUUGGAUGUCCAUGGAGCACUGAAGGGUCUCGAGCCUGUGAAGGAACCCGAGCUGCCCCCAGUGGAGCACCGUACAGCCAGGGGCCUGUCUAUGAGAUGCUGGGUCAGCCCCACAAAAGAGUCGAUCCACAGCAUUGAGGGAGCCAUCGAAUGUCCCCACACAGCUGCCACCAACAGUGGAUACUCCCGCAAGGAGAACGGCAGCUUCUUCUCUCAGUAAGGAGUUUGCUGGCUUGUGCCCUGGCUGUGCGGCUCUGGACCCACUUCCAACUUGAGUGAACCUUCUUCUGUCUGCUCUGUGUGCAUUAAACCCCUUCUGGUCAGCAAAGCUCGUCCAGAAAAACAGCCAUGAACAGGGAGAGAUUUUAAUUUAAUUUCAAUCUUGUUUCCCUGUCCUCUUUGCUGCAUUCAUCCCUCCAUGCUGGGUAACGUGGGGUACACAGCAUCGCAGCAGGCAAUACUGACCUUCGGGCAUCAGCCCAGAAUAUGUUGUGCUACCUCUCCACCUCCAACAUGGCUCCAGUCAGCCACCCAGGCCGGUCCUCUAAUUCUGGGGGCCCAACUUGGUGCUCAACACCCACAACCCCCAAUAAAACCUGUAGGAACAGUGGGUAACCAAUCAGACCCUUUAUUAACUUGAGCUUCCAAUAAUCAGGGCUCCUAAAAUUAGAGGCUGUUUUCCAGAAGCUGGCCUGUGGGCAUGAGCAGGCACCGCACGUGGCAGCGUGGUGGUUUAUUCAUUAAAGAACAUUGGGGCAUUCAAUAAACUGAAAAGGCGGCAAAUUCCAAACUAA